AGGAAUUAUAUUUUUUCGAUGUUCUCACAAGUAGCAUAUCCAUGUUAUAAAUAGAGGAUUCUAGGAAAUCCCUCUUAUGUACUAGCUGAGGCGUUAGCCUUUUUGCUCUUUUAUUCACCAAAACAAAAAAAAUAAAAUAAAAUUAAAGAAUUUUUUAUUUGUAACUUUGGUAAAGUGAUUCCUCAAUGCUCGGGUUCGAUUCUCCAUCCUCUGCAUUUUUUUUUGUUCCUCCUUUUAGUUUUUUCCUUUUCCCCAAUUCGUUUUUCCACUUAAAAAUUAAACGACUCGAACCUCAAACCCUAGAAAGCAGUAGCCCGUUUCCUUUUUUUCUACUCCGAAUCUCUCUCCCGUCCCGGCUGCCGGGCGCUACAGCAUAAAAUCAUCGAUCAAAUUCUCAAAUCUCAAUCGAUCGCUAAAGCAAUCUCUAACAAACGGAAUCCCUGCCGGAGCAGCUACUCUCAGCGAGUCCACGAGUAGCCGACGGUCGAUAGUGGUGACGAAAAUUUUGAUUGGUGAAACGCGGCCAUUGAUUUCUGGGCUUGGGCUAGUGAGUCGUGACUCUGAAAACUCCGUGGAUAGGCGUAUGCUGUAGUAAAUGGCUUGGACUUGGCUGAAGGUUUAGGUAGACUUUUGUGCAGGAGAUCAUCUGAUCUUGUUUCAUGGGCAGCAACUAUCUGCUUGUUUAAGUUAAGAUUUCUUUUUGACUCCUCAGAUAGUUGGACUUUUGGAGGUUUAUUUGGUGAGGAAAACAAAACAUGUUGAAUGUAAAGAGUCAUGCCUUUUGAUUUGGCUUGCUACUUUUAUAAUUAACACUAACUAUUGAAUAAAGAUGGGUUAAUUGUUUGCUUAUAAAGGAGUUAUAGGAUUGAUAUAAUGAAUUCUGCUUUGAUAUCAUUUGCUGAAUUUGUGAGUUUUAACUAAAAUAGUAUUGGUCAUUUACUUGCAGGUCCCCUUCCAUCUGCAGUUUGUUUGUUCCGAAACAUGAACAUUUGGCUGGACUGAUAUAAAUUUAGUUAUGGCCGAUAUAUCAAGUUUUUGGGGUCCUGUUACAUCUACCCAUGAGUGGUGCGAACCAAAUUAUGUCUACUCAUCCUACAUAGCAGAAUUUUUCAACACGAUCUCAAAUGUUCCUGCUCUCGUCUUGGCAUUCAUUGGUCUUGUAAUUGCAUUUACGCAACGUUUUGAAAAAAGGUUCAGCGUCCUGCAUAUAUCAAAUAUGACACUAGCCAUUGGAAGCAUGUUAUAUCAUGCCACGUUGCAACGGAUGCAACAGCAGGGUGAUGAAACACCUAUGGUGUGGGAAAUGCUUCUAUACCUCUACAUUCUCUACUCUCCAGAUUGGCACUAUCGCAGUACAAUGCCUACCUUCUUAUUCCUUUAUGCUAUGGUAUUUGCUGUUGCUCACUCCUUUAUCCGCUUCGGUGCUGGUUUUUGGUUGCAUUAUGCUCUGCUGUGCCUUCUUUGUAUUCCUCGGAUGUACAAGUACUACAUUUACACGGAAGACAUCUUGGCAAAAAGGCUUGCAAAGCUGUACGUAGGGACUUUGAUAGGUGGGAGUAUAUGCUGGCUCUUCGAUCGCUUACUCUGUCGGUUGAUCUCAGGCUGGUAUUUCAAUCCACAGGGUCAUGCUCUAUGGCAUAUAUUCAUGGGUUUCAAUUCCUAUUUUGCUAAUGAAUUCUUGAUGUAUUGCCGGGCCCAGCAGAGGGGUUGGCAACCAAGAGUCAAACACUUAUUAGGCUUUCUUCCCUAUGUGAAGAUUGAAAAGCCGAAGGAACAGUAGAUGUUACGGUGAAUAGCCAAUCAUACAAGGACAUCAUCAGAAGGGUGAAGAAGAUUUUGUAGAAUUCAGCAAUCGGAAAUGAUUGCUCCUUUGCUUUUCUUUCUUCUUUCUAACAGUUUUCUGUUGGGUUUUUAUAUUUAUUUUUUUGCCGAUACUUUUAAGAACUACGAAAUGUAAAUUACAACUGGGAAUUGUGUUUAAUAGUGGCUCAAUUUUGACUGUAAGAUUGCUAGCUCUUCUGUAUAAACUUGCUAUUUAUGUUUGCAGAACACUCUACAAGUUUAAAUAGGUUAUUUGUUCUUUCUACUUUCUUCAGUUGCACCAUUAAUUUCUUGGAACAGUGAAUUUUGGCUAAGCCAUGGUAUGCUCCUCUCCCUCAAUGGUGAAAAAUUC